ACUCGAGUGUGCGAUGUCAAGCCCACCUUAACCUUAACACAUCGAGCUCUCAUUAGGAUAGGCUUCUGAAUAUUAAUGACCUGAAACUGGUAUAAAACCGUGAAAAUUUCAUCCAAGAUCACACUUUCCAUCAGUGCUUUGGAAGUAGAACAAUGAAGCUGCAAAUCGUUCUCCUGUCUCUGGUAGCGGUGGUGGCCGCUGAGCAGAAUGUUUACUGCGGCCGGCGGCUGGCGAUGGCGCUAGCCAUGAUGUGUGACAAUGAAGGUGUGGAAGAAAAACGAGGGAGCAGCGCGUGGGCUUGGCUGCAAAGGACUCGCAUGAACUCUGGAGCCGUGGGGCCCUGGCUGGAGCAACAAGUGAGCCCCAAUUCGGUCGAAUACGCGCCCUGGUUGCCCCCCCACAGGGCUCGCUCCAUCAGUCGCGGUAAGCGCCAGAUAGUCAUGGAGUGUUGCAUGAAGCCCUGCUCAGAGAACGAACUGUUGAGUUAUUGUUAAUGCAUCAGUGUUGAAAAGUUACAAAUGUGUAUUAUGGUAUAUUGUUAUGUUUGAAUAAACGGUGUUGUU